AUGUCAUUGACUGGGACCAAUGACGCACCAUUACCGUCUGCACUUCUGGGAAGAAGGAUGGAGAAUUCAUCUUUGAGGCCCUGCACCAUCAUCCCCUUCUACACUUCACCAAACGACCUCCCACCACACCUUCCAAAGGUUCGGAGCUCAGGAUUCACUAAAAUUGAACCACUUGGAGUUCAGACCGUCCACGUCACGUACGAAUCCUCACCGGGCGACACGAAACAUAAGGUCGCGGGAUUUACCACUGCUUUUGUUCCCGGGGACACCGUUCUGGACAACUUCAAUCGGACCAUCGACCAUCUCAAUCUUAAACUCGGUAUCGUCCACCGCGACAUCACCACCUGGAACCUCCUCAUCAAUCCAGAAACAGACGACCUCCAGAUCUUUGACUUCAACAUGGGCGCCAAGCUUACCUGGGAAGGCGACAAUGACCACCUCAACACCUUUGGCUACGACGAAGACCGCAACGACGUCAAGCUCGCCGUUUUCGCCGUGUAUGAAAUUAUCACGAGUGGCAUUUCCUACCGCGAGGAAAACGAGCUGGAAGAUCUAGAUGUCGCCCAAGUACUGGAUCAAGAAGAGUGGGAGCAACAUCCCGAUGUGCAGCUUGAGGAGGGGGUACCUGUGUCCGAAUAUCGACGUGUUCUUAUGGAGUGGGUCAGUUCUCGGAAAAAAGACCGAGAAGGAAACUACGUUCUAUAA